AUGGACUCUGACGAAGAGGCGACGUCGCAGACUGUUACUGAAGAUGCGCAUUUAAUUCGUCCGUGGGUCGAUCAGUUUCAGGCAAUGUCUCGUCGAUGUCAGCGUACUGCUCUUCUCCACUUGAUUAGUACUUGUGGGUUGCAGCAUGUACGCCACGUGCGUCAGCUUAUAGAACCACAUUUCCAGAAAGACUUUCUGGCUUGUCUACCUAUGGAGUUAGCUAUACAAAUUGUUGCGAAUUUGCCUAUGAACGAUAUUGUACGUGCAGCAAGGGUAUCCCGGUUUUGGCGUGGUAUAUGUGAGGAUGAUCGUAUGUGGAGGUUGAAAUGUGAACGAGAGGGUCUGGAAGCUCUGCCAAUACCAAGUGAACGAGUUUCUGGCGCGUGGGAGCAAACCGCUAUGGGUAAUGGUGUGACAAUAGUUGACCAUUAUAAAGGAGUGGAGCUGGAACAACACAGAAAGACGAGAAAACAGAGUUAUGGAAGAUGUAACAAACAAAAAUUUUGGGUGUAA